AGACCGUUCUUGUAAGGGCGCUACGGGCUGCAGUAUGAUUCCCCCUGUGGUUGUUCCACUGGUGCUGCUGCUGGUCUGCGGGCCCGGCUCCACACUGCAGGUGGGGGCCGAGGAGUUGGAGAGCAUAGACGAGGUUCUGGAGCCGGAGUUCCUCUACGCUGGACGCACCAAGCGUGCUGUGUCAGCUGACGCCUCCUCGCAAGUGGACAAGUGCUCCUACACCUUCAUCGUCCCCCAGCAAAAGCAAACCGGCGCCAUCUGCGUCAACUCCAAGGAGCCCGACAGCCUCCUAGAGAACCGGGUCAACAAACAGGAGCUGGAGCUGCUGAACGGCGAGCUUCAGAAGCAGCGGCGACAGAUGGAGUCGCUGCAGCAGCUGGUGGAAGUGGACGGAGGCAUCGUCAACGAGGUCAAGCUCCUGCGCAAGGAGAGCCGCAACAUGAACGCCCGCGUCACGCAACUCUACAUGCAGCUGCUGCACGAGAUCAUCCGCAAGCGCGACAAUGCCCUGGAGGUGUCGCAGCUGGAGAACCGCGUGCUCAACCACACCUCCGAGAUGGGUCGGCUGGCUUCGCGCUACCGCGACCUGGAGCACAAGUACCAGCACCUGUCCACCCUCGCCGGCAACCAGAGUGCCCUCAUCGUGCAGCUGGAACAGCACUGCCGCCGAGGGGGCCACUCGUACGGGGGGGAGAGAGAAAGGUCUCGCCCUGUUCGCCCCCAGCCCCCCGUUGUCCCACAGCAACCUCCGCAGCAGAGGCCGGUAGCGCCGCCAGUAGCUAGCAAACCCUACCAGCCGCCCACCUACACCCGCAGCAACCAGAUCACCAACGAGAUCCAGAGUGACCAGAAUUCCAAAGCGCUGCCACCUCCGCUGCCCACCAUGCCCAGUGGCACUCACCAGCCGUCCACCACAAACAAGCCCUCAGGUGAGUACCUUCCCCCUUUGAUCUUUGACCUGAAACAUUUCUCUCUCUUUGUCGAUGUUAUUAUUGAGGUUAGACAGAAGCAGUAAUUCAACUUGUCCAAGAAGUCAGUAAGCUCAAGAAACAUUUAUUCAGUCAUAAUCCUCAAAGGGAACUCCUGCCAAAACCUGUACGCCAUGUCCAUGUGACCAUAAACGUACACCUAUGUACACGUGAUCAUAGCUGUGUGUCAAUCCAAAAGGGAAAACGCGUUAACUUUUUACCUUGGAGUGUUCCGUUAUCCUCUUCCUGAGGUCUCACAGCAGAUUUAUGGAAAUAAUAGUUACAUUAAUUAUACGGCUCAUAGAUUGUUCUAGACAUAUUUUCUUAAGUGUCUCCCUCCAAGGGGAGACCUCUAAAGAGUUCCUGCAUUCCAAAGAAAAUACACUUCGCUCAGUCACAGGAGCAUAAGAGAGAUACAUUUAUCCAUCCUGCUGCGACACAGAACAAAAUCACUUUCACUCCUCACAAAUCCUCAAGACAGGGGAAAAAGCUGACAGACAUACACAGCGAGACUCUGGAAAAGGUAUUGGCUAGCAGCCCAUCUAAACACGCCUCAACAAUAUUUAUUGAGCCGUGCAUUGUCCGAAUCUGUCCGUAUGUUUCAAUACACUGCAGACUUAAAAAGGGGGAUUAGGCUGAGAAGAGUAACGAGUCUGAAAUGUCCUCUGAAAAGAACACAGUCCGAAAUGAACAGGCAAAACCAACUUUAAACCAUCCCCGCAAACAUAUCACACUCUUCCUUGUGACUGCUCAUUCCAAACCAGGAUCUAAAGAUCGCCGUGUCUGACCAUGAAUUUCAUAGGGCUGGAUAACCAUGUUUUUAAGUGAACAGAAGGAUCUCACGGUGGGGGUGCAGAGAGGAGAACCACACGCUAUCGCUGGCUGCUGAGGGGUUAGCAGCAUGCACAGCAUUGUCUCAGAAGCAUGCACAGCAUUGCCUCAGUGCAUAAGCCUCAAUCAACCCUGAGUUUUUGACAACCGGGAGAUCCACACUGUACAGGUGAUUUGAUUAAAAAUGGUGGCAGCAUUCCACAUGGCUUAAGAUCCUCUCGGUAGCUUCUGUUUGACAGGUGCUGCGGAGUGUCUCCAACACCUGAAAUUGGACAGAUUGGCUUGGCCCCUGUCCAAAAAAGCUUGCAAACAAAUUUGAGCACUCAACACGUACGUUUCAGUGUCCACUUAGGGAAGAGCUGUGUUGGGAGGUCGCUUUUCAUCACUAUGUGGAAGCCGUGGGGCAUUCAGGAGUAUGUUGAGUGUUCCGUUGCUAUGCAACAGGUGGGCAAGUCUGCCGCAAGGUCAGAACUAAUACUUAGGAACAGAGGAAUAGAAAAUGUGUGAUUGGGAAAGUGAUUGUUUUGGGGCAAAAAAAAAAAAGGACACCUACAGCAGAAUUGCUGUCAUAUGUUCCAGCAACACCCUUGACUCAAAAUAAUCUGCUAACACAAAUUACACACCCUUUCAGUGCAGUCCAUGCAAAACAGUGAAUUACAUUUAAAAAGAGAUUCCUCAUAGCUCUCCCUGCUCUUCCAAAGGCAACUUUCGUAAUUGCAAGUCACAAAACGUACUUUAGCCCAGCUGUGUACGAGUGUACAAUCAUUAAUAUUCAGUCACAAAACGUACCGUAGCACAGGCGUGUACAAUCAUUAGGCUAAUAUUAUAACAUAUAAUACAAUCAUUAAUAUUCAGAAGAUCAUCUUUGGACCCAGGCACUUGCUGACUCUAAUCUGCGACAUGUGUCGGGGAGCGACGGCAACGCCAGGCUCUGUAUUCUUAGUGCCAUCCCCAAAAGGGGAUUAUUGGAAAGGAUACGAGGGACCAAACAGGGGUUUGGGAUCUCAGGGAUUAGCUAUAAUUUGUCAGGUUCUGGGAUAUUUUACGCCUCUGUGGAAAGUAUAAUUUGUCAGGUUCUGGGAUAUUUUACGCCUCUGUGGAAAGUAUAAUUUGUCAGGUUCCGGGAUAUUUUACGCCUCUGUGGAAAGUAUAGCCCCGGGGAUCAUAGUCAGCCCUGUAGAGAUUUGUAGAGAUUUUAAAGAUGUUUGUGGGUUUUGCCUUCUCUGCUUAAUCCAUAGCAAAACUAUUUAUAUUACUACUACUGUUCUACCUUUACAAAUGCUACCACUAUAAUGAUGUUGUACACAGGGAGAGAGAGAGAGAGACAGAGACAGAGAGAGAGAGAGAGAGAGAGAGAGAGAGAAGAGAGAGAGAGAGAGAGAGAGAGAGAGAGAGAGAGAGAGAGAGAGAGAGAGAGAGAGAGAUGUGGGGGGAGCCCCACUGCACAGCAAACACAGAACGGCUAUCAAUCAUAUAUGAGAGAAGCCAGACUAGUAUUAGAUAGGGGCUGGUUUUAAUAGAAGCCAGACUAGUAUUAGAUAGGGGCUGGUUUUAAUAGAAGCCAGACUAGUAUUAGAUAGGGGCUGGUUUUAAUAGAAGCCAGACUAGUAUUAGAUAGGGGCUGGUUUUAAUAGAAGCCAGACUAGUAUUAGAUAGGGGCUGGUUUUAAUAGAAGCCAGACUAGUAUUAGAUCGGGACUGGUUUUAAUAGAAGCCAGACUAGUAUUAGAUAGGGGCUGGUUUUAAUAGAAGCCAGACUAGUAUUAGAUAGGGGCUGGUUUUAAUAGAAGCCAGACUAGUAUUAGAUAGGGGCUGGUUUUAAUAGAAGCCAGACUAGUAUUAGAUAGGGGCUGGUUUUAAUAUAGGAAAAGAGACAAUGGUGUACCACCCCCCCCUCCCCAGAUAGCAUAUGAACACGUCAUAAGCAAUGGCAAAAAUGUUUAGAAUUACAGUAAAUUAGCUUUAAAAAUGUUACAUUUUCUCUCAGCCUCGUGGUAACAUUUGUAGAAUAGCAUGAGAUUAGCUAUGAAACUGCCCAAUUUUUUUUUGUUGCCCUGUGGGCAUUUUGGGGGGAAUUGCAGGAAGAUAGCUAUCCUCAAAAAAGGGGGGCUUUGCAAAACUACGGUACGCCACUGAAAAGAGGUGUAGUAACCAUUAGUUACAAGAGCCUGAUUGGUUGCUGCUGUAGUUGAUCGACGACAAGCUGGGAGCAAGAGACUGCUUAGGGGAUAUCAAAAUGCAGACGUAUGCCUGCAUUUAGGCUUCCGCCCCCCCGAGUGAUGGUCCUUACAGCCUUCAGUUUCUGUCCGACCCGGAGUUCUCCACAGCGGCCAUUAAAUCACUUUAAAAGUAGAGCGUGAGGAGGAGGAAGAAAAGAGGAAGCAUCAGCUCGUAAAUACAGGCUCAGAUCUGUGUGCUAGGAACCAGAGUGUAUCCGCAAUGACCUGGGGGGGGAAAGAAAAACAGGAGACAAAUUACAUUUGUCUGGCCCGUUUUCAUUGGCAGCAGGUGACGGUGAGCUUCCUGCAGAGCUUGACUACUGCUUGAAUUACCUCAGGCCUUUAAAUGUUCCCCGUGUUCUCCUAAAUAGUGGAGAGACAGGUCUAAAAGUGGUUAAAUCAGGACUUACACUGAUUGGUCAAAGUGUCUGGUAAUGAAAUAAACCACACCUUUAACACUAGCAGUGGCCUGGCCUUUUUAGCCCAUCAGUACCUGAUAGAGAACGUUGCUGGGCGUCCCCUUUAGACUAUGCAUCACAUGCAUAUCAACAUUUUUUUUAAAAAUGUUUAGUCAUUUAGCAGACGCUCUUAUCCAGAGCGACUUACAGUUAGUGAAUACAACACCAUGCUCUAUCAACUGAGCUACAUCCCUGCCGACCAUUCCCUCCCCUACCCUGGACGACGCUGGGCCAAUUGUGCGCCGCCCAUGAGUCUCCCGGUCGCGGCCGGCUGCGACAGAGCCUGGAUCUCUAGUGGCACAGUUAGCACUGCGAUGCGGCGCCUUAGACCACUGCGCCACUCAGGAGAACUAUCAACCCUCAAGGUAAACAUAAGCACCUUGGCUUGAUAAAUAAUACAUUGACAAUUCUAAAGCAUGAAUUGCACGAAGAAAUAUUUGUGGAAAUAUAUCCAUGGAAAAAUAUAACAAUAGUUAUUUAUUAGUUAAGGAUGUGUUUUGUAUAAUUCUACAAAAGUGUCCUAGCGAAAGAACGUAGGCCUAGAGACAAUUUUCGAUACUUCCAGCCAAUGACGCGUCAACAUUCUAACAGACUAAUAAAUACAUUUCAUAUAUGCUAUCGGAUAGAAUAAUCAAUUGGUUGUGUUUAUGAAGGUCUUAGGUAACAUUAGAAUACUAAAAAAUGAUUAUUUCAAAAGACCAUAAUAGCCUGUUCAUUGGUUUAUGUUCCUCUAGGCUGUAAGUAAAAACAAAAACAAAAAACACUAGUUCAAGUCCACCACAAUGAAGUGCAUUAUAAUAUUGUUUUGGCAGGUCUAAAGAAACAUUGUGGAAAUAAGAAAAUGUAUUUAAAAGAAAACAGAAUAGCAUAUUCUACGUUUAUUGUGUUACUAGUCUUUGCGCUUAGUAUCCAGAGCAAUGCUGCCGCGUGAGCGGUCAUGUGCUGAACGCAUGGAUAGCGCAGAUGUCCUUGGAAAAAGUUACAUUUGGAAAUAGAGCGGCACCUCUUGAAUUUUGUAAGUUCUGAGAAAGUGUCAUAGAAACUGCAGAAUAUGCUCUUUCUGAUACUAUAUAGAAAUCAACAAGGUUUUACCUGCAUGUGACUCUGAGGGAGGAUUUGAUAAAGCGAUGCUCCUUUCCCUGCAUCUGUCAAUUACACGAUGUACAAUUGUACGACUGAUAAUAUUGUAAAUCAGACUAUUGUCAAUUUAAUCUCGUCUAUUGGCUGACUCUUAUUUGAUGUGAAAUUAGUUUAGGUGUAGUUUGAAUGGUCCGGCUGCUCAGGCUGACCUGGCAUCGUUUGCGUCCCCCGCUGAUCGACCUGGAUAGAGUCAAGGAUAUGUUUCACAUUAUUCUAAAAGGUCUACUGCAACACGUAGCAUGUUUUUGUUUCCUUUACAAUAACUCUGAUUUGUUAUAGCGUUUUAGUAAAUAAAACAGUCGCGUAACAGCUUCUUUUUUUUUUCAAAGUAAAACGUAAAAGAGCAUGGUAUCAACCCACAAGGCACACGCGGUCAAAUGAUUUGCUAUAGACAUGAGCGCCAACGCUGAUAAACAGGCAUAACACAAACUCGUCAUUACACUAUUGUCUUUCUAAAUUAAAAUCAACAUUUUCACCCUCCUUAUCAUUCAGUUAGGCCUAAUUUAAAAUUCAAUUGUUAAGUAACGUGCACAAUUAUCGCUCACUCGUCCAUUUGGGGCAUUUUUAUUAUUUCCAUUUGUCCCGUUUUCUGAAUGCUCUGAGGACUUUAACUAUAUAUAUAUAUAUAUAUAUAUAUAUAUAAUGUUUUGCUAGAUUACUGAGUAGACACCAUUAUGUGGGAUUCCCAGUACUCCUGUCCAAUAUCAAUUGAACACUUAGAAGUUGUUGCACACACGCUAUCCUGCUAGUCAUAAUAAAAACACUCGGAUUGAACCGAAAAAUCCCUAAACGGUCAUUGAGAGCCAGCAGGAAAUGAUGUCGUUGGGUAGCAACGCUUGCAUAAAACACUGCUAUCUAGAAGGGUGGGGAGGGACAGUCUGACACCUCCAGAAAACUGGCUGAAUACAGGGUCAUGUCAAUUGCUGCAGCGGUCUGCUGUGCCAUUUUCGACAUUUCUCGUGUAAAAGUCACCGACAUUUACCUCAUGUGGAGACACAUCUGUGCCAGGUUUGGUCAAAUAUUUCUUCCUGAAUGAUGAGACGAUGGUUUGUCAUUUAAGUUUCCAGUGCACCUCAACAUUAGAGUUUUUUUUUUUUUUUCCCCCUUUAGUCAGCACUCAGGCAGAGGAAAUCAGCAUCGCCAGGCUAAAAGGAACAUAUGCCCAAUAAAAUUAUAUUAAAACAGCUGUGCUAUUGAGAGAAACUUUUAGAGUACCUGAUAAUCUACAGGCUACUGUUAAAGUAAGCCUGCCACUAAAGUGCUACCACUCCCUGCAGCCCUCAUGCCAGUGUUGUUCUUGGCCUGCCUCAGCCUACCCGCAGCUAUUCCCCCAUCCCCCAACUACAGCCAAACGUCAAUUCUAGGCCUUGCAACAGAGUUUUUCCAGCAACCAAAAAAAAAAAAAAAAAAAGUCUCAGGAUUUCUAAGAGAGCUGUAGAACCUCACAAUAAGGGGCUACACCUAUGGAGAUACUCAGCUUAGUGGACGAGAACAGGUUUCCAGGGUGUGGUGUUUCAAGCAAGUGGGAAGAGAUUGAGCUCAGCUGGAGGGUUGAGAGAGUGGAGUAAGCUAGACAACUUUCCCUUCAAUCUUUCAAAAUCAGGGUUCUGAUCACUAAAAAGGGGAAACCCAGAGAACAAUAGGACCCUGUACCAGCCCAUGGUUGACUCACAUCAUCCCAUGGAAAACAUUACCCAGCUGUGUUUAACCAAAAGCUUUCACCCUUGGUCCUUUGUUCACAUGGCACUACUUUAAAAUCAUGACCUCUUUGCAGGGCCUUUCAAGGACUGCCUUGCGGCUCUAGAGGAGGGCCACACCACCAGUGGCAUGUACCUGGUCAAGCCUGAGAAUGCCAACCGGUUGAUGCAGGUGUGGUGCGACCAGAGCCACGACCCCGGCGGCUGGACAGUUAUCCAGAGGCGCCAGGACGGCUCAGUCAACUUCUUCAGGAACUGGGACACCUACAAGGUAAAUGCCCAUGAAGGUGGCUGUCUUAUGUAGAACAGUAGAUUCAUGUUUUAAUGCCCAGAUAGAACAGGCAGUGAAAAUAGCUUUCCUUUCUGGGGGAUUGAAUCAAGACAUGAUAAACUAAAGGAUCACAAUACAGCUCCACUAGAAGCCUUCAACAAGGGGAGUUGCUUCCCUUUAGAUCUACCAUUGUUAUUGAGGUUCUAAUGAAAAUCAGCCAGGUAGCCCCAUCAUACUAUAGGCUAGUAUCAGCCAGGUAGCCCCAACUUACAUUUACAUUUUACAUUUUAGUCAUUUAGCAGACGCUCUUAUCCAGAGCGACUUACAUGAGCAAUUAGGGUUAAGUGCCUUGCUUAAGGGCACAUCGACAGAUUUUUCACCUAGUCAGCUCGGGGAUUAGAACCAGCGACCUUUCGGUUACUGGCACAACGCUCUUACCCACUAAGCUACCUGCCGCCCCAUAGGCUAGUAUAGGCUAGUAUCAGCCAGGUAGCCCCAUCAUACUAUAGGCUAGUAUCAGCCAGGUAGCCCCAUCACACUAUAGGCUAGUAUCAGCCAGGUAGCCCCAUCGUACUAUAGGCUAGUAUCAGCCAGGUAGCCCCAUCAUACUAUAGGCUAGUAUCAGCCAAGUAGCCCCAUCAUACUAUAGGCUAGUAUCAGCCAAGUAGCCCCAUCAUACUAUAGGCUAGUAUCAGCCAGGUAGCCCCAUCACACUAUAGGCUAGUAUUUCACUACUCUUCAUUGUUACUGGUAAAAAAACAAAAACAGCAAAGGUCAUUUGAGUCCAGGGUUUGAUUGGAUUGGUCCACACACACACACACACACACACACACACACACACACACACACACAACUCUUGCAUGGACUAAUGAAAAGCACAUUGAUGAGAAACAGCUUCACUGGACACGAGCAACAGAACCAAACCAAUGCCAAGACGACCGUGUGAUCAAAUACGGAGCAGAAUUCCCUUAAGUCAUACCUUGAGUUUCACUCUCUGAGGGUCACAUGUGAAUCAUUGAAUAAGUGAGUUAGGAUCUAUUCUCAGUUCCAACAUUUCCAUUUGAUUGUGCAACUGUAUUGUUUUCAAAAAAAAUAGGAGCUGGAGCGUCCCAAAAAUGUUAUUUGUUGAGUUUCUCCAAUAAUUCCACAACCAUUCGAUAGCACAAAGCUGUCAAACAGUCCACACAAGAUAUCAUGAAACGAUAUUAAAAAUAAACUAAAUAAAUAAAAAAUAAGAAAUCUAUGGGAGAUUUGAGCCUUACAGUGAUCUAAGGUCCUAAUAUCCAUGAAGUGUGGUUUACCCCAUUUGCCACGGGUCUGAACCAGAAUGUCGUCAUACAUUUAGCGGCUAGAGAUUCACAUCCUGCGGCACAGAGGUCGGACUGGCUUAUUUGGAUAAAUUCCCCCCCUUCCCCUUUAAAGUUGAGUCCAAGAACACAAAACAUUUCCAAGCCCACCACCCCCCUCUCCCUUCUGGCAACGAGGCACCUUAAGACACACAAAUUACAAAAUGACAGGCUCAUAGUUGGCAGGGUAAAGUGCUCCCUCCAGAUUCAAUCCAUGUGUGGUUUAAUGGGAUCUAUAGUCCCAGACCCACAGCGACCUCUGGGGAAGAGGACACAUCAUGUUAUUAUGCUGCCACCACUCUUUCCCUGACAUCAUACCAGUCAUGUCGCGCACAUGCUUUAGUCCCUUCUCCCAUCUUUGACAAACGGGUGAACGGGAGAUGUGUGGUCCUGGAAGCAUUUACUGCAUAAGGAGCUUUCUAAAGCAAAACGGUUUUUGAGUGGGGAAACAACAGCUCUGUAUACAAGCGUGGACUACAUUGUGUGCGUUUUGGGAGGGUGGACUGGCACUAUGAAUGUCGGCGCCUUUGAACGGAGCAUUUAGAUUUAUCUGCAGCAUUAUAAAAACAUCUCCCUCCUGCUUCUACCCUCUCACAGCAAGGUUUUGGUAACAUUGAUGGCGAAUACUGGCUGGGUCUUGAAAACAUCUAUUGGCUGACCAACCAGGGCAACUACAAGCUUCUGGUGAUGCUGGAGGACUGGUCAGGACGCAAGACGUUCGCCGAAUACGCCAGCUUCCGUAUCGAGGCAGAGGCAGACUUCUACAAACUAAGAGUGGGUCGCUACCAUGGCAACGCCGGGGACUCCCUCACGUGGCACAACGGCAAGCAGUUCACCACGCUGGACAGGGAUCACGACGUGUAUACAGGUGAGAGAGGAAAUACACCCUGUGGUGAUUGCUGCUAUUACUCAGAGGAACAGUUUACCGUAACAGACAGUGAUUCAUUGGAUACACAAUAACCAGCAGAUCAACAGGAGACUGUGUGUCAUACUCUGAGAUUUAUGGCACACACUUUAGUCUUCUGAUUCAUUGGGUCAGACGUGGUCGUGGUCGAAUCCAAUAUCCCUGUUAAUUUCUCAGUGUCCUUCAGAAGUCUUCCAGGCAGACGUGAUUAAUAGCGUGCUCAUAUAUAUAUAUAUAUAUAUAUAUAUAUAUAUAUAUAUAUAUAUAUAUAUAUAUAUAGUAUGAAAAAUGUAUGCACUCACUAACUGUAAGUCACUCUGGAUAAGAGCGUCUGCUAAAUGACUAAAAUGUAAAUGUAAUAUAGAUAUAUAGAGAGAUAGAUAGAUAGAUAGAACACUGUUUGGACGCUUAGGCGGCCUGCCAAAGGACUUCAAUUGCAGAAAAAUCCCUGAGUAGGACUGCUGAUCUCGGACCAGUUUAGCCAUUUAGAUCAUAAUGAAUAAGAUUAUAUGGACUGAUCCUAGAUCAGGACUCUUACUCUCGAAUGCUUUGUGGAUAUGGUCCCAGGUUGCUAUAGCGCUGCAAAAACAAUUCAGAGCCGAGAAUGAGGGGAACAAGGAAAUAUUAAAAGACCACCUAUGGGGGACUUUGCCAAAGAGUAUUAACCCGAGGGUUUGCACAGUGGGACAGACUGUACUGAUUUCUGAUCAAACCGCAUGGGCAGAGCUAGGUCCUCUGUGUGAAUUUGGGCAGCACAAGUAUAAGCCUUUUGAAAGCAUUGUUAUGAGGAAUACGUAUUCAGCUUUAGAGCAACUGUACUAUAUAAGAAAUGGAAAACGGUUUGGGUAAAAUACGGAGAUUAAUGAUUUAAAAAAAAAAUAAUAAUAAUAAAUAAUUUAAACACAUAGAUUUGCCACUUAAAAGCUCUACUUUGCAUUGACUACAUACUGCAUCAUUUUUUUUUAGGUAACUGUGCCCAUUACCAGAAGGGUGGCUGGUGGUAUAAUGCCUGUGCUCACUCCAAUCUGAACGGCGUGUGGUACCGGGGAGGCCACUACCGCAGCCGCUACCAGGACGGCGUCUACUGGGCCGAGUUCCGCGGCGGCGCUUACUCCCUGAAGAAAGUGUCCAUGAUGAUCCGGCCCAACCCCAACACCUUCCACUAAGAUCACAGUUCGCAGAGCGAGAACCAACCGCAGGAAACCUUUUGUUAUUAUUAUUAUUUUUUUUGAAUGGGCAUUUCCUCCAACGUGACCCCGUUUCCUCUGUCCUGAGAAUAGGUGCAAUUCAUUUCAGCUUCUGUCCUUUUGUUUUCUUUUGAUUCCCUUUAUCUCUUUACGUACAUAAAUAUAUAGAUAUAGCAUAAAAGUGCAAUGGCUGUCUUCUGUAUGGCUCACAGGGCCAGUGUGGUGUUUUUCCCCCCACAAGGGGUUCAAAGCCCUCUCGCAGAACUCAUCUAGCGUUCUUUGGAGGCACAGUUCCACAUGGUUUACCUUCUCGUUGAACUAGCAGGGCAGUCAAGUUCCCUCUGAGGAGCUUGCAAAACAAUUGCAAUUACAAAAGACACAGGACCUGUGCCUUUCGGACACUGACUUUGCACAUAUGCUGAACGAAUGCAGAAGUGAUGGUGCCGGCUUUCAUUGUGUUGCUCUACAGCUGCCGACAAAUGAAACCAAGAGAGAAGUUUGCAUUAUUAGUUUAUUCAUUGGUUGUGAAAAAGGGGAAAUAUUUUUAUGUUUUUUUGUUGUUGUUGUUCAUAAAUAUACAUAUAGCACAUCUCCAUAAAGAACGUUUUUUGACGGUUUCGAGUCACUACGGUUAUCUGGCUGUUAUGCAAUAUUAGUACUGAUGCUUUGAGUUUUAUACUUUGAGGAAACGUGACACAGGAAUUAAUAUCCGGUGACCCCAUCCAAAAACACUUACUGGAAAAUAAAUUGCUACUAGUUUGUUUUCGUUCCUGCCAACAUUUUAAGCCUAGAUUAUUUACAGGAGGGUAAACCAACUAUUUAUUUAGAAAGAUAUAUAUUUCCCUGUAAGACCAUAAGUCAUUUUGAUCUAACAAGUGUCUUUAUUUUGGCCAAACAACUGAGCCAACAAAGAAGCUCAUUCAUUUCUACAGCAGAGCAGAGAUUCGCGGCAACUUCAGAUCUGCUCAGCUACUGUGAGGAAUUCUCUAUUGGGGAG